UAAGCCUUGCCAAGGAGGGAGGGCGAAAGGAAGAGGACAGUAAUGAAAAUUAAAGGGAAAAGAAAAAGUUGUGGGGGGACGGGAGAUGGGUUGUGUGGGUAAAGUUCCUCACACCAAGAUCCAGACAACUUCUCAUCAGGGUGAUAAAAUCAAACCCCUUUAUGAUUGAAAAAAAAUAAUAAUAUUCUCAAAGACAAUCCGAUAUCCUUUCCUUUGUAGGAAUUGAUGCAUGUUUUCUGUGAAUGAGAAGAUUUAGAGAACCCUUGCCGAGGAAGAUUGAGGGAGAUGGAUGAAAAUGAGUCCACAUCAGAGGGUCUCAAACGGCACUGACCUUCAUUCUACCAGAAGUGGACCGGUGACGAGGCCUGUGGAAGAAAAGAAAAUGAAGUCCACAAUACCAAGAAGAAAAACCGCUGUUAUUAAAGCUUUCAGCAAAACCAGACAAAGCGGCUAAUGAACUGGAAGUCUUGACUAUAGCAGCACUGAAGUAAAAGGUGGAUAAUCAGCGUUUUUCACAUUUGACCCAUCGCAAAGACCUGCCCCCCUUAGUUACGGUUGCUAAGUGAUGAGUAUGGGGCGUGUAAUGUAUCCCAAAAUGCAGUGCUGUUGAUGGAAGGCCAUGCUCACCUUUCCACUGGCUUGCAGUCAAGAGAAAGACUUCUGCUGCUUUUUACAGAUUCGCUUAUCAUCGCCAAAACAAAGUCUCUGUAUCUAAAGCUGAAGGCUCGUGUUAGCCUCUCGGACAUAUGGCUGGCAUCAUGUGUCCACUGCAUCACAGACAGAAAGCUCGCCUCCAAGAACUCAUUUGUGAUUGGCUGGCCAACCACCAACUAUGUCGUCACUUACAGCUCAUCAGAAGCAAAGGAAAAAUGGUUACAUGCUCUUCAGUGGCACACCUGCAGAGCCAGACAGAAAGUCUUGCCAAAUGCCAUUCUUCUUUACGUCCUGCUGAUUUGCCAUCCAGAUGACAACAGCUCAGUGGCUGUUAAGACCGUUGCUGUGGCAGUGGACGUGAGCACGACCGCAGAAAAUGUGGUUCAGUACAUCAUACAGCAGUACAAACUAUUGGGUGAAGUCUCUGACUACCAGUUGUGUGUAAACUAUGAGAAAGAAGAGGAAACAUACCCCCUUAUUGGCCAUGAGCUACCAUUCUUCAUCCUGCAUCACUCCCUGAGAAGUCAACAAGACAAUCUGCACAUGCCCAGUGAGCCCUUGCAGGAAGUGUUUAGUUCUGGCCAGCAGACAGAGGCCACUCCCAAGACCCCUCACUUCAUCCUAAAACCCAGAACACAUACUCCUAGUGGUACUUUGCUGAAACAUAAAAGAAAAAGGUCUCUGAUUGAUUGGGCUCUGAGGAGGGGACACUUUAACCAAUCUGAUGGCCAGUCUGACCCACAAACUGCCUCGCACAAGUUAUUUGGCCAGCCUCUUUCCUCUAUUUGUCUUGAUGGAAACCUGCCUAAACCAAUAAUGGACCUGCUGUAUCUGCUGUUCUGUGAGGGUCCAGAGACCCGUGGAAUCUUCCGUCGUUCAGCAAAUGCCAAAAACUGUAGAAUCCUGAAGGAGCGAAUGAAUGCUGGGCAAAGUAUUUCACUGCAUGAACAAUCAGUGUUCGUCUCUGCAUCUCUAAUUACAGAGUUUUUGCGCAAACUGCCUGGUGGUGUUUUGUGCUGUGACUUAUAUGAGGACUGGAUGGAAGUGCUAAAGAUUGAAGAUCAACAGGAUAGACUUAAUAGAGUCAGAGGUUUGCUUGCACAGUUACCGGAGGAGAAUGUUACCAUGCUGUGUCACUUAUUUGGAGUGCUACACAGGAUACACACUCACUCAGAGGUGAAUCAAAUGACAGCAACAAACUUGGCCCUUUGCAUUGCACCCAACAUGCUCUGGAGGUCUUCCCAAAUCAGCGCUGACAAAGAGGGACAGAGUGUUCUGCAGGUCGCAGCGCUCAUCCAGUACCUGAUAGAAAACACGCCUGCCAUAUUUGGAGAUGAUCUGGAGAGUCUGUUUGCCAGGCAGAUGAAUACAGAGCAGGAAACAUGCGAUUACACAGAUGGUUCAUAUAUUCUUCAGCACUCCUCUUCAGAAGACACAGAUCAAGACUUCACCGUUUCUUCCCAACUAUUGCCUGAAGUUCAUCCUCUUUUCCUCCCUCUGGCUGCACUUUCUCUGAAAGAAAAGAGGAGACCUCAGCCCUUUCAUACUGAUAUGCCAACAACAGAAGGUGCCUACAGCUGUGGAACACUGGAUUCCAUUCCCUCACGUUCCAGUGCUUCUGUAAGCAUGCUGGGAGUCAGGGAGCUCAGCCAAUCACGCGAUCGUUGCCUCUCUGAGCCUUCGAUGUAUUUUUCCACACCCCAAACACCUGCACCGACUCAUACACCUGUUAUCCGCCAGUCCAGCUACGAUGUGGCUGUAACAGUGAGCAGAAGUGAGCAGUCACGCAGCUCCUUGGGGUCAAGCCCAGAACAACAAUCGCACAAUUCUGGAAUGGGUACAAGGAGACGCCGUUACACUUUCUGGAAGUCGCCACAAAUCCCCACCCGCUUCCGUCAUCCUGCGCAGAGAUUGGCCAGCAUGUCAAGUCUGUCAUCUACUGCCACUUCUUCCCUCAGCUCUCUGGAUAGCACACUGUCUCUCAGUUCGGCGGAUCCCAUCCCCAGCCCUCAAGAUACACAGUCCCGGCCUUUUCUGUUUGGAGCUGCUGCGAGACUGCAGCCACUCACACCUGAAAUGCCCAGAAAGCGGUGGACAAGUACUUUCACUUAUGAAAAGGAAGAGGAUGUUUGGAGAGAGAAAGUUCAAGAGACAGACAAUGAGAAUGUGAGUGAAUUGGAAGUAUCUUUUCAUGACUGUGAUGGGGAAAGAGCAGUAAAGUAUGGAGAAAGAGCUGAGAAUGAGGAUGCCACAAGCUGCGAGUCCUUCGAUGACAUUCGUGAGGUGAAAGGUUCAACAAGACCACACACGUCAGAGUGUCUCUCUGAGACUGUGUGCAGCAUGGAGUUUAGUUUGAAUCCAUUACAGUCCUCCACUGCAUGUCAGAUAAAGCCCAAUCCUGACAUGAAUUUGCAAGCGAUCUCGCUGAAUCCAUGCAGUAUACGGGCAACCCCACAUGUGAAUCCAGUUGACAAUGUGAUACAGGAAUCCCAGGUCACACAAACGCUCACAAACACACCCGCAACGGCACAAAAGCAAUCAAGCAGCAAAGCAGAAAACUCUGUAAGUCAGAUACAGCUGGAGUGUCCAAAGGCUUGCUCAGACAUUAAUGCCUCAGGUGGGCAGAAAGUGAGCAGAAUGAAAAUCUCAGUCUUUCCUUCUGCAAGAAGGGUGAUGCUAAAACAUUCGAAGGUCAUGGAUCAAACUCAGAGCGUCUCGGUGGAAACAGAGCAGAAAGCUGAGGAAAAAUUGCGAGAAUCUCUCAAGGUUCAGAUCCCACAGACACUGUUUUAUGGUCAUAAUGUUCCGCUGGUGUUACUUACUUCACCUCCUCAGCAAACGUCAGUCCAGGUGAGGACACAUUGUACUCCUCCUGAUGAUGCGGAUAUGACAGACGCAGGUUUGAGGGAUGAAUCUAAUGUUAGUUUUGUCACAACUGAUGUUAGCAAUGGUGUUAGCAGUUACCUGGAAGAGAAAAGUCCUACCGUCAAAUCGAUUAGUCAUAGCUUGAGCACUGAUGACGACCUGUGUCGCCCUGGCUGUAUUACUGAAACUGUUAGCCCUGCUGUUAGCAUUAGCGAGGGUUAUAGUGUCAACCCCAAUAUAAAAGUCUUUCACAGCGAUCCUAAUCAGAGCAUGGCUUAUCCCAAACCCACUAACAAAUCCUCAGGAACUUUUCGUAACACAAUCUGUAUCAAACUCCCUGGCAACAGAGAGACGGCACAAGAACAAACCAUUAUCAUAACCUGAUCUGGUGAUGUAAUACUAUAUGGGGGUGGGGGUAUGCAACAUUUUCAAUUUCAAUGCAAUGUUCGGUAACACUUAAAGCCUUUAUGUAUAAUGCAUUAUAAAGGUAUUCAUAAUGUGUGUUGUAAUGCAUUAUGUGUUUUCAUAAAUAAUUAUAAUUAAAGUUAAAAUGCAUAUUAUAAUAUUUGAAGGUGUGUCUGCCAUGUGUUUUAUUGCAUUAUACUUUAUAAAGGUGUAGCAAUGAAUAAGAUAAGUGUUAUGACUUCGGUCUGAUCAGCAGGUUUUUGUUGUGUUUUGACAGUUCACCAUGUGCUCGUUGUCUUCAUGGUUCCUUCCCCAUCGUUAUCUUAAUUACUACUUCAGCUGCUGUCACACCUGUGACUUGUUAAUUCCUUAGUUCUCCCUCUUUUCAAGUUCGCCUCGUGUGUAGUCUUGUGUCCAACCACUGUGGUAUUAAUGUGCUACACUUUGUGUCCUGCAUCUAAUCUUGUUGUGUUUUCUUAGGCUCCAAAUGCAGUUUUGUGUUUUCAGUUUGUCUUCUCUUCUCCUUGCUCUCAGCCUCUUGUUUCACCAAACUUCUGUUCCCUAAUUCCUGCCCUGAUAUUACCAGAAUACCCGGUGCACUCUACAAGGAACUCUCUGCUCUGAUGUUGCGUCAGCACCUACGCUUUGACUCUGUGAGCUAUUCUCUCUACUCUGAUGUUGCGUUGGCACUGGCGCUGGGACUGUGUGUGCUGGUCUUCAUUAUCUACUCUGCCUAGUAGAGGUGCUGUAGGCUCGUGUUGACUGUUACCCUCAUCCUUUCUCUAAUCUCUGCCCGAGCCGAGUGGUGUUUGAGCUUUAAAUAAAUUUGAGUUGAACCUGUAAAUUGAAUCCGUUUGUUUCCCUGACAAUAAGUGUUACAAUGUAUUACAACUGUGGUUACAAUUAUUCAUUAGAUCAUACAAUGCAUUGUAAGGUGCAUUACAAGGCAUUAUUCAUAUAUUAAAACUACUUUUAUAAUGCAUUAUAUAUAAAGGCUUUAAGUAAAUUGUUAGCCAUUUUUCCUAAGAGCAAGCUUGGUUAUAGCGUCUGCAGCUGGUAUGAGCAUGUGUGUUAACUUGUAGUAGAGGUCACAGGCAUAAGAUGAAAAUGCGUUUCCACAGGGAUAUGACUGCGGGGUGCACCUUUUCAAAGGCAUCUGCAGAGACGUGAUGCAGUUGGGUUUAGUCUAUGCAUAUAACAGAAGAAGAAAAAUCUUUGGGCACAAAAAGCUGAAAGAAAGUGUAAAACAGUGUUGGCGCUGUGGGGAGUUUAACUACAAAGAAAUAAAUAUAUUCAAAUGAACUAUAAAUACAUUAAGCAUAAACAUUAUGUUACAAAACUGAACCAAAAUUGACCAAAGCUUAAACCAAAGUGAGCUAAUAUGAUAACAUUUUUAACAAUGUAAAAUCAAUUUUAUAUAGAAUAAGGCAUACAGAAUAAGGGUUUUCAACCCUCUUCUAAAAAUAUAUUUUGAUGAAUGUUGGUGUCUAAACAACACUGGACCCAACCGACUUUCAGUAUGUGGACAAAAUCAGCUGAAAUAUUUUUCAAAAUAUCUUCUUUUGUGUUUUAAGGACAUAGAAGUUUGGAACAACAUGAGGGUGAGGAAAUGAUGACAGAAUUUUCAUUUUUGGGUGAGCUAUCAGUUUAUACACGAAUGUUAUGAUUUUUAAACUGAAUUUGACAUUACUUCUGUUUACUACUCAUUUUUCUUUCUCCUUUCUAAAUUCUAAUCAGAAAUUAACUGUGAAAGUUGUAUACACCUUAACUUCGUAGUCCUUAAAUUUACAUUUUAUAAAAUCUCUAAAAUGUUCCUUGAGUCCCUAGAACCCUGUUUGAAAUCCUCUAGUUUAGAGUACAUGGCAUUAGAACCAGUAGUUGUUUAUAUUUUAAGACAGUCGAUAUAUAAAAAGAUAAUAUGCAUGUACUUCAGGCUGAAUUGGAAGUUAAUGUGAUGGUAAUCACACUCUUGUGGUAGGAGAUUUUAAGUGCUUUAGUGCAAAAGGGUAAACAGCAGACGUCACAAAGGGCAUCACUAUAGUAACAAAGCAGGUAUCAGGAGAAGGGACUUCUGUGAAGACGGCAGGAAAAUGUAGAACCCAGAGAAGCAGCGUGAUCUGCAUAAAAUGCUGUGAUAAGACCAUUAGAAAAACAUUAAGAAGAAACAAGCGGGUGGGAGGUGUUCAAACGUGAGUGUGCAUAGUGUAGAUCCAGUGUAAGACAUUAGUGGAUAAUUGAAUGAUGCUUUGAAUGAACAUAUGGUUCUGAGUCAUGUUUGUUUAUAGUUGUAAUGUGAGAUGAGCUUGUGCCACGAUUGAGAAAUCAGACAGCAGACUUCCUUGAACAAGAACUGGCAAAAUGAAGGGUUCCAGGGAACUGUGGGAUGUGCAUUUGAGCGGGAAGCAGCUUUAACUUUUUCACAGAUAAAUCAAAAGAACCACCGGCAUUUGGCCACUGUUCUCUAUUCCACCCACUCCAAGCCAUGUGAAUAAUUUCUCUAGGUGUUUCUGAUGAGCUCUAUGUCCGAGGCUGUUUCACUCCUCGCACGACCACACAAUAUUCCACCUAAAGAUGUUAUGGUGUUUAUCUGCUGAAACAAGUCUUAGAUACGUAUAUGUGUUUAAAAAAGUACUGGUAAUGAAUCAUUAGAUUCAUCAGACAAAUGUUAUAGCCAUAAGAUAUUGAACUCCUCUGACAUUUAACACUGCUCCCAACUAAUGCUAAGAAGCUGUGUGCAUGUCUAAGUUCUUAUUAUGUUCAAGUUACUCACAUGUGGUUUACUCCUCAUCAAUCUAUAGAAACCACAGCAACAGAAAGCAGUGGGGAGUUACAGAACUAACAUCAGGCGGGAAGCAAAUCGAUCUAAGCGCUUUCACUCAUUUAACAGAAUUUAUCUUUAUGCACAGAUUUAUUUUCACCCAAUUCAAGACUGUUGUGUGUUCUUAUCUGGAUGGUUGUCAUGUUUUUUAAAUAUGUAAUUGUACUUUAAUUUGUUUUGUAAAUCUAAACAGAUUAUAUAUCUAAAAACACAUUAUGUGCAAUUGCUAUGCUAUUGUUGUAACUGCUUUCACAGAAUACAUUUACAUUUAGUCAUUUAGCAGAUGCUUUUAACCAAAGCCACUUACAAAUGAAUACAUGUAUACAAUAACUGCUUGCUCAAACAUGUAAAAGUGUUUAAAUAAAUUCUUUCUAAAAUAAA